CGACGCGCGUCGUCGCAUCGUCCGACCACAACGGCGUCGCCCUCGUUGCGAGACAUUAUCUUACAGCAGGGGAUGCGACGGAAACUGUCCACGAUGUGAAAUGCAAGCUUCCUGACGGCGUUGACGUCCUUGCGUCUUCCACCGUUUCCCUCGUCCUCUACGGCAGCGUGGGUCGACAAAAGAUAAGCUCCUCAGAUCUGUGCAACUCAGAGCUCGUUAAGUGCUUUCAUGAGUUUAUCGGCACUCAUGCUGCUCAGCUCGGAUUGGCACAAGUUGGGGAUGUAUGCUGCGACGGCUCAGAUGGCCUUCCCCGAAUACGCCUCGACAUCGAACGCUGCUCAGACGCUUGUCAACCCAAUCAACAUCUCACUCUGACUCAAAUCAGCAUACACUUUAGAUGGACGACCAGUAGCGACUCUACAUCCGACUCCAGCGCCUUCGCCGCCCGCCUAUCUCUCGCUCAUCGCAGCCUGUUAUCAGACGCGAUCCACCGCUUUGCCACAUACCACCUCAUCAGACGCUACCCCCUUAUCUUCGGUACAUGGCACAAA